UGCUUGGGCAUCGUAGGCUUCAACGCUGGAGCUGACUCGAUCCACUAGGAUUGUGUUUAAUAUUUUCGUUCCCUAUCGAGCUUCCGAACCGCUUUAUCUAUUACAACAAAUCGGAAUGUGUUCCAGAUUCUUGCACAUUGCACUGGUGUGCCUCAUUGUGCAAAGAACCCUUGGCAUCAAUUUCUUGAGGUUAACCCCUGAAAAUGAUAGUAUUAGGCUUGAUUUUUCAGCCAUAGAACCUCGUCAUGGGACGGUUAUUUCAAGGGACUUGGAGCCAAAGGAGUUGUACUCAGCCUUGCAAAAGGUGGAAUGUGGACCUCAAGCUGCUAAGCUUCUCAUGAAUACUGCCCAACAGAACGCUAACCAAGAGACCCGUUCGUAUAUCGUGGCUGAUAAAACCUACCAGCACACCAACGCUUGGACAAGUUUGGAUCGCGUGGAAGCCACUUAUACACCGAUCGAUUCAGAACUUGCCGAAGUACUCCACCACGCAAUCAAGAACAUACUAGCUAAAGCCGAGGAAACAGAAGAAGGAAAACAGAAACAGCUAGCUAGUGAAGAAGAAGCAGAAAAAGAGAAGCGAUUGGCGCCCGGCGUUCAAGCAAAUCCAGCCGAUGCGCUAGCCACCGGUAGUGCAGCAGAUGAGCUUUCAUCCUCAGCCCCCGUCAACCAAGCCGACGGGGCUUCAUCGUCAUCUUCAGCCGAGCAACGCCAAGACAAAGCACGUUGCUUUCCCAGCUGGCGCGCGAAGUUUUCUAACCGGCCAACCGAUAGGCCUUCAACUUCAUCUUCCGGUAUCCAAUCCGAAAACCAAUCAGCUCGUUCCACAGAGAAAAAGUGGCUUCGAAUAGUUAAGAUAUUAGGAGAUUUCUCGGAAGUGCUAUCAAGCCUCUCCUUUUUAUCUUAG